AUGAAGGAAGUGCAUAGUGGGAUUUGUGGGUCACACAUGAAUGGGCAUCUAUUGGCUAAGAAGAUCAUGAGAACAGGAUAUUUUUGGCUUACCAUGGAGCAUGACUGUGUAGAUUUUGUUAGAAAGUAUGUUAAGUGUCAAGUGCUUGGUAAUGUUAUACAUGCUCCUCCUACAGAAUUGCAUAGUAUGACUGUUCCAUGGCCAUGUUCAAUCUGGGGAAUAGAUGUGAUCGAAACUAUUGAUCCUCCUGCUUCAAAUGGGCAUCGAUUCAUCUUAGUGGCGAUUGAAUAUUUCAUCAAAUGGGUUGAGGUCGCGUCCUAUAAGCAUGUUACUAAGAAAGUGGUGUCGAAUUUCUUGAGAAAUAAUAUCAUCUGUCGUUUUGGGGUACUAGAAACAUUAAUUACCGAUAAUGCCAAGAACCUCAAUAAUGAUAUGGUGGAUGGAUUAUGUGAACAGUUCAACAUCAGACAUCGAAAUUCUGCCAUUUACAGGCCUCAGAUGAAUGGAGCCGUCGAAAACGCAAAUAAGAAUUUGAAGAAAAUCAUUCGUAAGAUGACUGAAGCACACAGGGAUUGGCAUGAGAAGCUACCUUAUGCGCUGACGGCAUACAGAACUACUAUCAGGACUUCUACCUGA